UCCCGUCUUCAUGGCUCAGACUCUAUCAAACCACUGCAGCAUGAACUAGUGUCUCUGAGAUCUGCCCCAAUCACCCCAUUCCCUCGCAAAAAUACUGGCAUUUCCUGCUUCAUUUUAUCAUCCUCCUGCACCGACAUCAGCGAUAUGAUCAGACCAGCUAUUGUCAUUGUCCCAGGCUCCUGGCAUCGGCCGCAGCACUACCGGCGUCUAGUCGACGGGCUGGCGAAAUUCAAUUACCAGGCAGUAGGUGUGACACUGCCCUCCGUGGACUCCAGCCCUCCCCUCAGCAGCUGGGCCACCGAUGCAGAGGCCAUCCGCAAGGUCAUCCUGGGCUACCUUGACGCAGGCCAGGACGUAAUCACCGUGGCUCAUUCUUUUGGCGGAAUCCCCAUGUCAGAAGCAGUCAAGGGCUUGAGCAAGAGCACCCGCGAAAGUGAAGGCCUCAAAGGUGGUGUUCUCCAGCUGAUGUAUAUGGCUGCCAUGGUACUGCCAGAAGGCCAGAACCACGUCGGGCAAAUCAAACCUCAGACGCCCGAAGAAGAGGAGCUCGAACGGCAGCGGCAGGAGUAUGUAGCGAAGCAUGGUGGGAUGCGCUUCACUGAGGAUGGAGCGAUGAUCGUGGACAGGGAAGCAGCGCGCGAGGUCUUCUAUAAUCGAUGCGACCCUGCCGACGUGGAGGAAGCGCUUGAUCUGCUAGGCUCGUACCCCGUCGGCCCGCUGUCCGUGCCAGUGACUUACACGGCCUAUCGCGAAAUUCCCAGUACGUAUAUUGUCUGCGAGAAUGAUAGGGCUUUGCCUCUUUCUGUGCAAGAGCGGAUGAUCGCUCAAAGUGAGGGAGCGCUGCAGGUUGAACGGUGUCAAGAAGGACACUCCCCGUUCUUGAGCAACCCACAGUUCAUCGUGGAUUGCGUCCGCAGGGCUGCUGGGGAGGAUAUCUAAGCUGUUUCUGCGAUGGUUUCUGC